AGUUGCUGAAGUACUUUACUACUAGGUAACUAACUACAGCCAGGUGAAGACUUUGAUCGAGAUCUACUUAAUUCAAACUGUGCAGUACACCGGUGUGCAGUCAGUGUGUGAUGCCCGUCAACGUGGCGUCGUUUUCGCCGAGCUGAGCCUGACUGAGGAACUUCCUGGGUCUACUGGAAUAAAUCUUCAUAAUCAUGGCUGACAGUCAGAAAGUUGCUGUUCUCGCACCAACCGCUCCAGGAAGUGACAACGUGGUCAUGCCGCAAGAUGCCAAGAUUAGAAAGGAACUGAAUGCCUAUGCUGUCAUGGCCUACGUGGCCGUCUCGGACCGCAAUGCGAUGGCAGAGCAGCUGAAAGGUUUGACCCACCUGACGCAAGCUGUAAACGAGCUCCAGGAGAAGCUGGUAACGGCCGAGCGGAAGGCCGAGGAUCUCCAGCUGGAGGUGUGGAGAAACGAGGCGUUCGUCAAUCGCAGCAGGAUCCAGCUCCGGGUGAAGGAUAGCGAAUUGGCCGGUAUGAGGGAGGAGCUGAAGAAGGAAAAGAAAGCUGAGGAAAGGAGCGUGGAAGGAGAUGGGGGUGGAGAGAGGUCCAAAGCUGAAGAGGAUGAAUCUGUUGAUGGGUCAGCGGAAGAGAAGGGGGAACCAGAUCAGAAGGAACAUGCCAGUGGAGAAAUGGAGAAGCCAAAGUCCCCACAGCCUGGUAAGAAGGACUAUCUGAUGAGUCAUGGUUUGCACAUAGGUGUCUCGAGAGAAAUUCAUGAAGCCAUCGUCCAAGAAAACCUUCAUCUUAAAGGUCAUCUGAAGCGCCUUUUGACCGAUCAAGGAGCAAGUCUCAAAGAUUUAAUGGAUACCAUUCAGUACAGAGAAAUCAUCAAGCAGCUCAAGAGAAGCUUGGAAGAGAAAGAGGAAGAGAUCGCAAAGAUAAAACGUACUCUUCAGCAGGCUAAUAGCCCCAAGGAAGAAACUGCCAAGUUGCUUCUGGAAAUGGAAGGAAAGGUGAAAAACUCGGAAAGGACUAUCAAAAUGAAGCAAGUCAUGAACGAGGCUCUGUCUUCCAGGGUCGAAGAACUGACGAAGGCUCUUCAAAAGCUACAUCGUCGGGAGGAGAUCCAGAUGGCACAUAUGAGAUCACCCUUCUCCGACGGCUCGGCCGUGGCAAUUAUGGCCGAUCCCUCGGUUGAUCAGGUUUUGCCGUCGAUGCAGAUCAAGAAUCUGACGAAGGAAAACACGAGACUGAUGAAGGUCCAGAAACGGCAAGAAACUGAAAAGGAGUCAUUGAGGCAGGAAAGAGAUGCAGCUCUGGCUGAGAAAACUGAGAUUCAGCGAAGUUUAGAGCGAUGUUCCUCAUGUCAGAAUCUCAUGGCCGCAAAAGAACGUGCGGAAGACGAGCUUAAUAUUACAAAGGGAGAGAUGGCUGCAGCACUAUACCAGGUGGAAACAUAUAAAUCUGAUUUCAAAGAGCGAUGCUCGGAGAUGGAGAAAACAAAGAGCAGUCUUCGCAAUGAGCUUGAGACUUGGAAACGGAACUAUCAUAUGCUGAAUAAGCAGAUGGAGCGUAUGGUGAAUGAACUCGAGAAACAGAAGGGAGACAACAGCAAGCUACAUGCAGAUAAUCAGUACUUCUCUCAGACUUUGAGCCAAUUACGAAAUGAGACGUCGGUAUCCAUGCCACUGAACGUUGACCGACGGUGUCGAGAUAUCAAUCCAUGGCAAGAGACUCCGGGAUACGCUAGCAGACGAUCAGAGAUCGCCGUCGGAGGAAGAGACAGAAGCGACAUGUCGUCACCACAAGAGGAUGCGACCUCCCCCCAGAGCCACCAGUGGACAACAGCUCAACCCAGCAGCAGUGGGGGCAGACGAAGGAGGAGCAAGCUAAAAUGUCUGCGAUGCACCCAAGAGUUCUCCCCCGAAAGGCAACAGGAAUUCGAAGAUCACCAGAGAAACUGUCCAGGGAAUUUGUGAAUUUGAACCAUGGGAGAAUGCUCACUUUACAUAUUAAUAAUGUAAAUAUUUUACAGAUUGUGGUUUUACGCAUUUGAGUUAUAUAUUACACAGGUUUGUGGAUGGACUUUUAAACAUGAAUUCAUACAUCAUGUUUAAAAGUCAUGAAUUUAAUCUUGAAAAAAAAACAGCAUUUCAUUCCAGAAGAUUAUGGGGAAAUGAUGGUCAUUUGUUUACGGUAUUGUAAUAAGAGAAUUCAGUGAUAUGAAAGGUUUUAUUUUUUAUACAUUUUUAAUACUAAUUUGGCAAAUUGUGUUCAUAUUUGAAGGAUAUUAUCAUACAUAAAUGCUGAAGAAAAUCUAUUAUUUUUAUCGCCGUAUGAAAUUUAUAAAUUAUAGACCUAUACUUCCCAAUAUAUGAAUUUCAUACUGUAAUAUGAUAUCAUCAUGAAUAUAUAUAUUCAUUACAUUACAAGAGAGUUCUUGGGGUUUUGGCAGAAUGUUUUGCACAUUACAAAAUGUUGGUAUUGCAUCCAAUGUGCUUGUAUUACUUUUCAUAUGAUUUAUUUUGAUUAAUAAUCUCAAUGUAAUGUAGUACUGCAUGAGUAUUAUGUAUGAUUUUGCAGGGACUAACAGUAGUACUUAAAUCUAUUGAUUUCAUACAGCACCUUGUCAAACGUCGGAGUUCGUCUUUUCAGCAGGAAACAUGUCAACAACCUUUCAUUACAAAUAAUAAUGAUAAUUUUGUCCAUUUAUAUAGCGCAGCUACUCUAAUUGCAUAUUCUCUACUGCACAGAUACUUGGCAUCAUAUCAUUACCCAGCCCGUAGCUGAGCCGCCGUAUAGGCACUAAAGCAUUCAAGGAAUAGAUCCUACCGGGUACCCAUUCACCUCACCUGGGUCGGGUGCAGUACAUUAUGUGGGUAAAUUUCUUGCUGAAGGAAAAUGCGCCGUGGCUGGGAUUCAAACCCGCAUCCUUCUGAUUGAGAGACGUUGAGUUGUAACCACUAAACCAUGACGCCCCCCAAAUCGUCAUAUUUCAUCAGACAAAACAAUGGGGAGUGCUGGGAAUCUGCAAUGAAAUGAAAAGACUUUCAGUGUCUUCAGUGCAGAAUUCCUACUCAAAGACACCACUCUUUUUUGACAAGUUGCCUAACUUGCAGUAAGGUUUUAGCCCAGUCCUUGCGGGGGCGUCGUGGUCUAGUGGUUACGAUUCUCAUCUUUUCAUCAGAGGGACGUGGGUUCGAAUCUCAGUCGUGGCGCGUUUUCCUUUAGCAAGAAAUUUACCCACAUUGUGCAGCACUCGACCCAGGUGAGGUGAAUGGGUACCCAGUAGGAUUUAUUCCUUGAAUGCUUUAGCACCUAUAUAGCGCUCAGCUACAGCCGGGGUAAUAAUAUGAUACCAAGUAUCAAGCGCAGUAGAGUAUAUGCAAUUAUGGUAGCUGCGCUUUAUAAAUAGACCAUAUUAUUUUCAAUUUUAAAAAAAUAUAUAAAGGGCUAGGGUUGGUUCAUGUCUAUACAUUUCUUUUUUAUACUUCAUUUCAAAAAAUUAUUUUUUCAAUUUCAAGAAAAUUCGCUCCCAUGCAGAAAUAUUAAUUUCCCCUGAAAAAAAGAAGACGCCCAUUUCGUAUGUUAUGUAAUUCGAUAUAUGAAUUUUAUUCAGUAAUAUACAUUCUGUAAUUCACAAAUAUAUAUAUAUAUCACAUUUUUACUUCAUUUUUUAACACACUUUAAAAAUCCAUUGAGGCAUAUACAGAGGAAAUUCUGGCUAUUCAAUUUAGUACUUGCAAAAAAUGAUUGUGCAAUACACGUACAUUUAUAAAUCCUGUCAAUAGGAAUGUUUCGAGUUCCAGUCACUUGAUCUAUUAAACUCUACAUUAACUUUUUUUUCCGAGACCAUGAAUGUACUUCCCUUUUAUUCAUUUUUUUUUUGGGGGGGGGGAUUCGUUGGAACCCCACCCCCUUUCAGAACUCAAUCAAUAUAGGUUUGAUCAAUGCAGAUUUUGCAUAGAAGAAAAAAGUAAAAGAUAAAGAGAGUUGCUGCUAAUUUGAUGAAAAUACCAAAAUAUCAGAAGAUUAGAAUAUUGGCAAUAAAGACAAAGUUGACAAUACAAUCUUGCAUUACGAAGACACACUGGUUUAUGAUUGCAUAUGGACAAUUCAUACUGCAUAGGAUAUCCUAGUGUGUAUACCUAAUAACAUG